AUGUCAGACGAAACCAAGGACAAUGGCUGGACAGCAGUAUCAAGAAGUCUCGAAAAGCUCCUCGCCAACCGCAAAGAUACAAACUCCAAGGCAUCCCCCCUUCGAGUCGAGGACAUGCCACUACCCGACAGCCCUCUCGCAAAGUCCAUCAUGAAACACGCACAAGAACACUUGCCCAAACAAACCUUCAGCCACAGCAUGCGCGUCUACUAUUUCGGUGCGUUUUACGUCACUAAGCAGCCCUUUGACAUCCAACAGAUCCAUGGCGCUCUUCGUUACACAGGCCAAGCAAUCACCAUGCAACACUUUCCCGAAUGGCACUACAGUCCAGAAACAUACCUCCUAGCCAGCCUGCUCCACGACAUUGGCACCACAGACACCAACAUGGCCGCCACAAACCUGAGCUUUGAAUUCCAGGGUGGCAUGCAAGCAUUGCAACUCGUCCUCAAGAACGGAGCUUCCAAAUCUGCUGCUGAGAGUGUAUGUGAGACUAUCAUCAGACAUCAAGAUGUUGGUGAGAGCGGGAAUAUCACUACUUUGACUGCUGUGAUUCAUUUUGCGACACUGCUCGACAAUGCGGGUAAGAAUCCUGAGUUGGUGCAUCAGGAUACCAUCGAGAAUGUGGUCAAAGCAUGGCCUAGAGAGGGAUGGACUGGUUGUUUUGCUGGCACUGUCAGAAAGGAAACGAAACUUAAGCCAUGGUCACACACGACAAAGAUCGAAGGGUUUGCUGAGAUGGUGGAGGCGAACGAGACGAUGCGUCCUUAUGAUUAA